GAACUUUCAUCAGUCGUGAUAACACAAUUUUAUACACACCCUUUACUUACAUAAUAAUAAUACUUAAAUUUAAAAUGACGAUCGAAAAGUUUGUAAUAUUAUAGCACAUGAUGGUGAGAUCCAUUUAUCUGCUGCUUCUUAUUUUCAUAUCUCAAAUUAUUUACACAAAUUCCAACGAUGUCGAACGCAUAUUGAGCUGGACUAAUAAAAUUGGAGAAAAAUUAUGGACUUUGGGGCGAAUAUUGACCCAAAAUACCGAACUAAAAAUGGAUUACAGCAACGUCAAUAUAAGCGAAUUAAAUACCAAAGAGUUAAUCAAAGAUAUGGUUACUCAAGUACAAGAUAUGUUGAACUUGAAAAAAUUCGCAUUAAAACGAAUUGUAAGUACCGCCGAAAACUGCACCAGGAAUUUAUCAGAUACGAUAAGUCCGAGUGAGAAAGACGGAGUUUCAUUUAGAAAUGCACGAGAAAACGCAACUUUUUCGGAGAAGGAUAAAAAAGACAUGACGCAAAAUGAGAAUUUUUUCAAUCGAAAUGUCAGCACCAACUUCAGCAGUGUUCAUGUGCCGGAUGACGUAUACUUCAAAGGGAAUGAAACGAUUAUUGGAAUAAAAUGGUCGGAAACACUGGAAAGCAUAUUUCAAAAUAAUUAUCUCAUAGAUCCAACCUUAUCGUGGCAGUAUUUCGCCGGAGCGAGUGGAUUCAUGAGAAUAUUUCCAGCCGUUAGAUGGCCAACUGAUGACAACUCGGCUGAUCUAUAUGACUCCCGAAUGAGAGAAUGGUACAUAGAAGCGGCAACAGAUCCAAAAGAUGUAAUGAUCCUGAUCGAUAAUUCCGGGUCGAUGAUGGGAUUAAAAAGAGAAAUCGCCAGACACACGAUUAACACAAUUUUGGAAACAUUGAGCCCCAAUGACUUCGUGAACAUAAUUCAUUUCAACAAUGAUUCUAGACCGCUUGUACGCUGUUUCAAUGAUUCACUUGUGCAGGCAAAUGUACUCACAAUACGUAAACUAAAACUAGGAGUGGAAAAUAUGAUGAAUGCGACGAAUCUGGCAAACUUUACCAAAGCUUUACAAAAAGCAUUCACUGUAUUAGAAUCACAUCGUAGAGAUAAGUUGGCCUCAAUGUGUAAUCAAGCCAUCAUGUUGAUUACCGAUGGAGUACCAGACAGUUAUAUUGAAAUUUUCAAGAAAUUCAAUUGGAAAAAUUCCACAGAGUCGCCUUUCCCUGUCAGAGUAUUUACCUAUUUAAUUGGGAGAGAUGGGGCAGACUUUAGAGAAACUAAAUGGAUGGCUUGUGCGAAUAAAGGAUUUUAUGUGCAGCUGAAUACGAUUUCAGAGGUUAAAGAACAAGUCCUUAAUUAUAUCAAUGUUUUGGCUAGACCUUUAGUACUGACAAAACUGAGAAAGUUUGCCUGGACAUCUCUAUAUGCUCAUGAAAUUGAUUCAAAACUGACAGACAGAUAUUGGGCAGACGAACAAAAUAACUUGCAGAGAAAAUACACUAAAGAAUACAUGGCAAGUUGGAUGGAAUUUUUACUGCCGCAAAAUCAACUCAGACGUCUAAAACAGAGACGAAGAAUGGAACUGGAUCAAAAUAAAAAUUACGGAUACGAUAAGUACAACUUCAUGGUGACCAUUUCCCUUCCAGCUUAUGACGAAAGAACCACCAGGAAUAUAACCGAAAAUGUUUUAAUUAACGAAGCGUUUUGGAUUCAGAGAGUGUACGAGGUACACGAUGCUGCAUUAUUGGGAGUUGCAGGAACUGACAUUCCAAUAACAGAAUUCAAGAAAAUCAUGAAUCCUCACACAAUGGGUGUCAAUAAUUACGGAUUCAUUGUUAAUAACAACGGUUACAUUAUAGCACAUCCUGAUUUAAGGCCAAUGUUUAGAGAAACAUUGAAACCAGGCUACAGUACGGUCGAUAUGCUAGAAGUUGAGCUUCUAGAUUCCCCUCGAUCCGUAGACUCGAGAGACUUUGGAAUUCAAGUAUUAUUAUCGCCGCAUGAUGAAGAAAUAUAUUCGCUGAGUAAUCUAUCCCUACUUCGGGAUUACAUCAUCAAUCAAACCGAUUACACCAACUAUUACCCAGUGAAGUUUCACUACGAUAAUAUGAGAAGAGCAUCGACAGGUGUAAGAUAUUACAGCGUGAAAAAAAUCGAAGAAACUCCAUUCACGAUGGUGUUGGCAGUGAUGAAACCACCUUGUAAAGGUCAUACCACUUGCCCAGGGGUAAGAAUCUUGGCACCUAAAGAGAAGCCUUCGGACGCUGCCAUAGCAGAAAUAUUCUCUGAUAACAACUGGACUAUUCACCCAGAAUGGUUUUAUUGUAAAUACAAUUACAAAAACGAAUUCUACAAUCAAUGGGCAGAUGGAUUCUCAGACAAGAAAAGCGAGCUGAUUCAUUUCCUCAAGAAAAUGAAAGUCGAUGAGCUGAAUUUCUCCAAAAAUCGAUAUAAAAACUUCAUGGAACAAUCCAAACAAACAAAAAAAGGAAAACUAUCUGUUCUUUCUCAUUACUGCGAUGAAGAGCUUAUAUACAAUGUGAUUUACGAUGCUAAUAUAACGAAGAAAUAUUUUCCACGUCCAAAAAAAGCCGAGACCGCACCGACUGACUUAAAUAUUAGCUUAGCAAAUGUGUUCAUUUCAACCCACAGUGGUUUAACUAGAUGGCAAGAUUUCAACAAUACAAAUGGAGUUUAUCAUAAUUUCAGAUCUUUUGGAACCGUUUACAACCGUUCGAUUGAUGAAAUUUGGUAUAAAAGAGCCGUGGAGCAACAUUAUUUUGAGGACGAAAGUUUUGUGUUUUCAAUUCCUUUCAAAGAUGACGAAGAACAAACCGGACUAGUGACAGCCAGUCACGCAAUUUUCGUCAAAGACCGAAAACGACCAAAGUCUGAAGCCUACGAAGCUCCGGUGGCUGUAGUUGGCUACCAAUUCGAGCAAGCAGGAUUGGAAACGUUCAUCAGGAACAUCGUGCAGAAUGGGUAUGAAAACACAGACUACGAUUCGUCUGAAAGAAUAAACUACGUUGUACUGGAUAAUAACGGAUACAUCGUAGCAUCCAGUAAAGAUGGCGAAGCUGGGCAAUUCUUUGGAAACAUACAAUCACUAAUGAUGAAACAGUUGAAGGAAUGCAACGUGUACAAACAAAUUAUAAUUUACGAUUAUCAAGGAGUAUGCUUUCAGGAUUAUCACGAUUUACAUAAUAGUGCAAUUUCCAUACUAGUCAAUCCUUUCAAACAAGUGAAUAAAUUCAUAACGUGGACAAUUUACACUCUACUAUGGGGCGUUGUGAAAAUAAAUCUAGAACUGAUAUCAUCCGUUGUAUGGUUCUCAUUUCAAUGUACAGCUGAUACUCCUGUGAUAAGAGAUAGUCCAUACAUGAGCUUGGAUGAGGUUCCUGUAAUGGAAGAAAGGUUAGAUUCAGAAUUGCUCGAAACGUUUGAAACUUUCAACGUCACCGAAGAAAGCCCAGAUGGUCCAAAAUACGUUCAAGUCAGGCAUCUUGUAAAAAUAAACAGAACCAGACCAAAAACCUGUGAUAGAAAAACCGUACUGUACUCUUUGGAACCACUUUCCAAAUGGGAUAACAAGUCAUCUGGCUGCGCUGAAGUUAUAAGCUCCAUUAAACUAAUACCUCACACGAAUUUGAUAUUCGUACUGUUGAAAAAUGACUUUGUAGAGAAAAAAAUAGAUUACGAAUAUUUUACCACUAACCCGCUCAAGGUGAAGCCGAAAUACUACAAUUAUUCUUCGGUAUGUCAGAAAAUCACCGGCAUAUUGUCUCGUCGUAGACCAUCUUCUUGUUGCAAAGAUCAUAAAAACGAGAGCGAAAUCAAACUAUGUGGUUCAGGGAACAUGUUAAAAAUAGGCAUCGGUUACAUGGCGAUACUUUUACUAUCAAUUCUUCGAACAAUCCUGAGAUGAAAGUAAUCCUGAUGAAUUUAGGUAUGCGCCAUCUUCCAUUAAAUACCAAUCAAAAUGUUCACCAGAGGUAAUAAAACUAAAAGAACCAAGAAGAAGGAAAGUACAAACAAAAUCACAACGACCAAUUGGAGGAAAAACCAGAUGAUUUUAACUUAUUGUAUUUGUUUUAUUGUUCAAUUUUUUCAUUACCCAUUUUAAAUACCUAAUUAUUUUACUUAAUUAUUUUUUUUCCAGUUUUUAUUCGUUUGUUUCUUUUAUUAAUGGUUGCUUGGUAUUAAAGCUAGAAAGUAUCUACAUCAACAUGCAUACAAGCUAAGAGUAUAUGUUCAAAAAACGAAUAUCUAGGACAGGAAUGUUCUUUUAUACUUUUUAUACUAGGAGGGUUUUUAAAAUUUGAAUGACUUUUUGCUUAUGCAAGUUUUGAAUGCAAAAUGAUGAGCUUCUUCUUGUCCCCUGGGAAUGCACCUCUUUCACAUUAUUUAACAGAAUAUUCAAAUAUAUCAAGUACUUACAAAAUCUGACUGCUCUCAUAUCGUUCUUCGCAGUUGAUGGUGAAAACCACCGCCAUCGAUCUCCCAAAACGAUGAUUUCCUUCGCGCUAAAAUAUUUAUCAGUGUUCAUUCUGUGAUCAUUAUGUAAAAAAUGUAUAAUUACUAAUGAGACAAGUACACAUAUAGGUAUAAGAUCAAAUGAAAUGCUGAAAAACUAAACAAAUUUUCUACAGUCUGCACUGUCGUGUACUUACUUUUUAGCAAUUCCUGAAGUACGAGUAAAUAUUGACCAACUUUAUUCUCCGCAAAGAAAUUACAUAACGUUUGGCCUGAGAUCAAUAAUUUUAGCAUUAUGGACUCCUUUACCUAAACCAAAUAAUCAAGUAUUCCAAACACUGGAUUAACCAAUUUCUUCUGUCUGCCAUCUGUUUUUUUUUUUUUUAAUGUAAAUAGAUACCGACUGAAAUAUUAUUUAAAAAAUACUACUAUACCUAUGUAUUUCUCUUUUUUUAUAAAAACAAAAACAAUUCGAUGACUUGCUGCUGUUGUAUAUUGAAUUAAAUAAAUUUUUAUCUUUUACAAAACUUA